CCGCCGAACUGCAUUACCGCAGACGGUGCAGCGCGAGACGGACAGAACAACCGCAGCUGCGGCUUCACUCUUCCUGAUCCUGAAACGCGCGUUUCCUAUCAUCUACUGUGUUUCCUGCUGGUUGACCUACUUUCUUGGAGCUGGAGCUCUGGGUGGAAUGAGGGAGAAAACACGGUGUCCUCAGGCUUUAAUCCCAUUUCAGGGUCACACUGCAAAUUUGGCAAAAAUGGCUCUUAUCUCUUUUGAAGAUCUUGCUGAACUGGAUGAUGAGCAGUUAGAUGAUGAAGUCCCUGAAAACUCCCAGCCAGCAGAUGAGGAGGAAGAGGAAAGGCUGCUUGCUCACUGGCAGGCUGUGGGGCGGACACAUCAGGUCACCGUCCCAAGAGAGAUGACUGGUCCAAUUAUGGAGAUGACGAGGAGGAAUGAGGAAGUGGAACAGGUUCCUUUUGUCACCAUAUCAACACAUGAAAAGCUAGGUGAGGUGAUAUAUGAGGAGAGGGUGUAUCCACCAGGUAAAUGGGCCUGUGUCACUGUUGGAGAAAAGCUGUAUGAGCAGAGCAUCUCUAUGGGCUUCAUGAAACUCAUGCGUUUCAUCUGCAAGGAGAACUCGGCUGGUCGUUACUUGGGCAUGACCGUGCCUGUGGUGAAUGGAAUAAAGAUUCUGGAGGACGGCAGGGGCUUCGAAAGUGAAGUCCUGACAGCUCUCUACUUGCCUGCGGAGUUUCAGGCAAGCCCUCCACAGUCUGCUGACCCAGACAUCACCAUCGUCCACAGGGACUCGGUGCGAGUCAUCACCCGGGUUUUCUUUGGAACAACUACGGAGGAGACAAUCUCACGGCAGAUCAGCCUCCUGUGGGAGCUGCUGGGAACAUCUGGUGACAUUCAUCAAGACCAAUACAUGGUGGCCGUUUACGAGAACCCUGGGGUGCCGUCCCGUCGAAAUGAGAUCUGGUUCAUCUGCCGGAACCCCUGAGGGGUUACACACACCCACACACACCCACACACACACACACACACACACACACACACUCACACACACAUACACAAACAAUUACAGCACCUCCCCUGUGGCACCAGAGAGAAAGACCAGGGAAGUGAGAUGAAUAAGACAGGACAGGGCUUAAGUACUACCAACAGUAUUAACUCAGGCAACUGAGGAUUUCAGUGAAUAUCUACAGGUCAUAAAAUAAAAAUGUAUUUUUGUAAAUGAUAAAAGAUCAUUUUUAAUGCAUAACAGGUACAUGAUUCCAUCACAAAUAUUAAGUCACAUAUGAACUGAGUAAGAGGAAUCAGCGUGGACACAGUCCUCAGGUAGCAUUUUUACAUUUUAACUUCUAUUAAAUCUCUUCUAGACUCCAAGCCCCUCAUAGUUCUUGCUGUAUACCUCUUUAUUUAAAUUUGACAAACUGAAGAUUCACCACAAGGGGGCGUUUUAACCCAGCCUUUAGCCCAGAACCUCAAUAUUUCAGUUAGAUUGUGGAACACGGGUUGUGCUUUUGUCUUUUGUCUACUUUUGAUUUCUUUUCAGGUCACAUUUCAUGUCAUUGCGCCUUUUUCUUUUCCUCCUUUGUGUAUUGUCAGAACAAUUUGCUGUCCACAAUAUUUCGUGUGAGAAAAUUGAAAACAAAUGAAAUGCAGAAUGUACAACUUAACUUCACUGUGUAUUAAUAGAAAUUACUUUACAGAUUAUUAGUUGCACUCUACCUAAAGUUAUUCCAUCAGCAAGACAAUCAUUUCUGGUUCAAAGACGUGCUACUCAUCAAACGAAUGCUCUCACAAAUAGUGUAGAGUUUAAUGCACUAACCAGCUUUACAAUAGACCAAAGGUUUAUGCAACAUGACAAAUCAAAGCUGUUUCCACAUACAGAUUUUACUGUGACUGUGUAUUUAAAAUGUACUUGUUACUGUGCUUUUAAUUAUAAUCAAGUAUUAUAAGGAAAGUCUGAGUAUUUUUGUACAAACACAGAAGCCUGGAGAUGUAUACAUGGGAUAAUGUAUGUAUUUUCUCACAUAUAUGCCUAUUAGUUUGAAUAACAAGGAUAUUCAUUGAAAACAUAUUUUAUAUAUACUGUACACUGAUUAAUUGACUAAAAGCCAGUAGGUCUGAACAUUAGGUGGACAGCAUGGCCACUUUUCUGUAUUAGGAUGUGCUUGUUUUUCCUUUUAAGGCUAAGAGGAGUAGAUCUUUUCCUACUGAAUGGGACCAUUAAGAUGUAGAUAAUCUAUAUGAUGUAUGUCAAAAGAACUUGAGCAUUAUAAAGACAUUUUACUGACCUUUAAGUAAACACUGAUUUGGUAACUUAAACUUUGUCAGAGUGUUCUCCAGUGUGCCACUUUCCUCGUUGUGUUUGCAUUUGUGUUAUAUUCAUAUAUAUCACACACACACUUUCUACACUGAUUUUAUUAGAGUUGAAUAGAGAACUCAAGUUUAUUGUGUCUGUUAAGAAAAUAAGAGACUAAUGCAGUAGACAUAACUGUUAUAAGGUAGCUAAUGUUUAUUAAACCGUGGUGAUGUAAAUUUCAUGUACUUUGGACCUUAAAAUGUAUGUGUUUGGGACAUUAGUUGUUAUUUAUUCUUUACUCUGAAGAAUAAAGUGCAACUCUAAUAGUCUUCUCUGA